AUGUGCAAGGAGUGAGUGAUUGACUUUAUCAGUCCAAGGACAUCAUUCGCGCGGAGAGGGGGGGAAGUUUGAUCCUCGUUCUCACGGAUCCCACUAACGGGAGUUUACUCUCCCCCGCUCGCUGAGCCCGGGACUACUCCUCUACGCUCGAAACUUUUUUUUCGCCCUUUUUCUUUUCAGUUCAGAUUCAGAGCUCCACGCUCCGCGUUCAGACUGAAUCCCGUUGUUUUUUUUUUUUUUUUCCUCGCACGCAUUUGUUGAACUUCACUCCGCUAACCUGGGGUUUCAAGUCUCUUUCCUCCUCCUCCUCCUUCUCCUCUUUCUCCUUCCUUUGCUUUUUUCGCUCGAGCCCGAAUGACUAUGCUCCUCGAUAGCGGUCCGCAGUUCCCGUCAUUAGGAGUCGGGGGCUUCGGCGCGCCGCGACAUCAUGAGCUGGGUAACCGCGACCCCGGCCUGGGGCUGGGCCCCUUCGGGGACUCCUCGGCGCAUUCGGCGGCGUUUAAAAUCAGCCCCGUCGCACACGACAUCGCCUCGAGCCAGACGUCCGCGUUCACGCCGCAGGCAGGAGGCUACGCGGCCGCGCUCGGACACCACCACCACCAUCACCACCACCCCGGCAGUCAGGUGGGCUCUUACGGCGGAGCCGCCGCCUUCAACUCCACACGGGACUUGUUCUUUAGGAAUCGGGGCGCAGGCAUCGGUGAGACGGCGGCGGCCACAAGCGCGCAGCACGGGAUCUUCGCCGCGUCCGCCGGCAGCCUACACGCGCCGCCCGGCAUCUCGGACAACGCCAGCCAUCUGCUCUUUUCGGGACUUCACGAGCAGAGCGUGGGCCACGCGUCGCCCGGCGGACACGUUGUAAACGGACAAAUGCACUUGGGCUUGCGCCCGGGAGACCUCUUCGGGCGGCCUGACCCGUACCGGCCAGUGGCGAGCCCGCGCGCCGACCCAUACGGUACGGCGCCGCUGCACAACUACAACCACGCUAUCAACGUGGGCAUGAACGUGCCCGCGCACCAUGGCCCGGGCGCCUUUUUCCGCUACAUGAGGCAGCCCAUAAAGCAAGAGCUCUCCUGCAAAUGGAUAGACGAGAACCAGCUAAAUAGGCCCAAAAAGACGUGCGACAGGACUUUCAGCACCAUGCACGAAAUGGUCACACACGUGUCUAUGGAGCACGUCGGCGGUCCUGAGCAGAGCAACCACAUCUGCUACUGGGAGGACUGCCCGCGAGAGGGGAAAUCAUUUAAGGCCAAAUACAAACUCGUCAACCACAUCCGAGUACACACUGGAGAGAAACCUUUCCCCUGUCCGUUCCCGGGCUGCGGGAAAAUAUUCGCGAGGUCGGAGAAUCUGAAAAUACACAAGAGAACUCAUACAGGCGAAAAGCCAUUCAAGUGCGAGUUCGACGGCUGCGACCGGCGCUUUGCAAACAGCAGCGACAGGAAAAAGCACAUGCACGUGCACACGUCCGACAAGCCAUACAUCUGCAAAGUAUGCGACAAGUCCUACACUCAUCCAAGCUCUCUCAGGAAACACAUGAAGGUACACGAGUCUCAAGGCUCAGAAUCGUCUCCAGCCGCCAGCUCGGGCUACGAGUCCUCCACGCCGCCGGUCCUGGUGUCGGCCAGUACGGAGGACCCCACCAAAACCCCCCCGUCAGCCGUGCAGAGUGCAGCAGCACACAGCGAAGGACUGGCUCCCAACUUCAACGAAUGGUACGUUUGAAGCUAGGAGCAGAACUGUCAUUGCGGACCAAAAGGUUCAAGGAACCUUAAAAAAAUAAACAGCAACAACAGCAACAAGCAUUCACACCAUGGUGAACAAAAUGGCAAUGGAAGAACGUGAAGAGAGAUGAGAGUUCGCCAGCAGGCCUCGUCCAUUCUCAGGAUUCCUAAAUUUGACUUUUAUUCCGAGCGCGAGGAAAGGAAAAAAUAAACAUAAAUAAUAACAAAUACACUUUCUAAGAAAUAAAUAAAAAUGGUUUCCGUUUUACUUUUCAGAUUUCAGAUGAUUAUUUUAUUUUUCAUUUUAUGUAUUUUCUCAAAAGUUUAUUUAAAAAAUAAAGGGAAAAAAGGAAUAUUUCACGGUGUUUUUAUAUGGGUGGCGCCCAAGUCACCUCUGGAUUGAUUGUUAUAACUUCGAACAGUCUUAAGAAACGUGCCAAAGUCUUUCUUUGUCUUUAACUUGAACAACAACGUCAGAAAAAAAAACAGAAUAAUAAAUCAUAAAUAAGUAUAUAGCCUACUCGUGAAUGUACUUUUCCUUGUUUGAUGGAGUCGAAUCUGUUGUCCACGUCCGUUACUUUUGAGAUGGAGAAAUGUGGUAGUAGGUUACGAUUGUUACCUUUGAAUAUAACGUUGCCUUUUGUUAAUAACGAUGUAAAUACAUAUCCAUGAUGCCAUAUUUAUCGAUUUGUAAUUUAAUUAUCGGCCAGAGAGUCGAAUCUUAAAUGAUAUUUAUGGAACAAAAAUGUUUUCUAACAAGAUUGUACAGUUUUGAGUCAGAAUAACCAGCUUAACAUUGAAAGAAGGUCAUCAACUCUAAAAGCUUCCUUGACGCGAUUGUAUCUCUCUUUUUUAACCAAUAAGUGUGUCUUAUCUGGAUCACAAAAAUAUCACCUAUGAAAUAUAAUGGAUUGACAUUUGUUUCUAAAGGUUAGAGUAUUGUAGAGGUUAUUUGAGGUCUUUAAGCUCUUAAGGACAUUGAUCCACGUAACAAACACAGAGAAAUUAGCUAUAUGAAGCGGUGCUGUCGGCGUAUUCCUGAUUUUGAUCCAAAACGAUAUUUUUUUCUGUAUUUCUGUUUUUUUUUUAUUUACUCUUAGCAGAGGGUAGAACUACUUUUCUAUAAGCAGCUAUUUAGAUAUACAAUUCGAGAGGCCCAUUAGCCAGCAUCUGACUCCUCGAUUCAGAUUCUCACGUGUGUUAUGCAAGAGCAUAUAGCUUUCAUCCAUGAACUUUUAACUCGUGUGAUAGUGUUUAAGAAACACCGAGUCAGUAUGGUACUCCAUUUUUGAUGGUUCCAGUACUGUCUUUGUGGAUGCAAGUAUGUGUUUUUAAUGUUUUCCAACCCAGAACAAUGGACUGUCACAACACAGUAAUCUCAAAUAAAACUUUUUUUUGUCUGUCAGUUUGCAUUGUUUUAAAUGUAGUUCCUAUGUGAAUAUAAGAGUGUUAUUCGUCAUGAGUACUGUGGUGUUACAUAUAGAAGAGUCUGAUAAAACAUCUGCGUGUUUUUAUGUGGAAGACAUAUGGAGAUGAAUUAUGUGUGUGGACGGAAUUCCAGUCUUCAGAGUAACAGAAAUAUGUUUCGUGAGGGGAAGGGUUUUUUUUUGUUUACUGACAAAAAGAGUUACAGCAUUGCAUUGUAACAUAUUUUUAAGAAUGGAAGAUUAUGCAUUCACAGAUUUAUUGUGCUUACGAUUUCAGACCACCAGCACUACUUUUGAAAAAAAAAAAAACAUAAUAAUGUAAAAAAAAAAUACAGUACCUCGCAAGCAACAGUGAUGAUAUAUUAAAUACUUUUAUUUAAAUAAUUUAACGAAUAUAUGUUUUAUAAGCUAUUUUCUAUACCUUAAUUUAAAACAAAGAAACGUUUAUUUCUGCCACCCUCAAUGUAUCAUAAGCCGUGGACUCAGAUGGUAAUCUGAUGUGCAAGAGCAGUUGAAUGUGAUGUUGUAACACUUUCUGGGACAAAAAUGGGUCACGCAGCAAGUUAUUCCUGAAAAGCAGAGGUUUCAAUGAUGAACUGUGUCACUGUGCCACAUUGGAGCUGAAGGACUGCUUCGUCUAAGCGAGCCUAUUCGACAUUUUAGCAAAGCAGAAACCAUGUCAUUUUUCAAAGUAGGCAUAUUGUUUGUCGGUUUGUUUGUUUUUAACAAACUAUUUAUGAUGAAAUGUGAACUUAAGUUUUGACUGAAAUUAAAAAAGUUACGAAAUGUGACCAACGGAGACCCGAA